UUCAGUUUCGCAGCCAGUCAGUUCGUUCGCGUUUUCCGUCGCAAAAGCCUGUGCGAAUCCAGUGUUUUUCCGGGCUUUAACGGUACAAUUCCCAAAAGUCGUAAGAAGUGAGAAAUGGCUGCGGCUUCCGAAAGUGUUUGAGAACAUUAAAAGCGUUUACGAGCAGCCCAAAAACUUUGGACUCGAAAGUGAUUUGUGAAAUACGUUAACUAAAUGAAAUCACUAGCAUUGAAUAGUGCCAAAAGAUACAUAUCGGAGUUUUGUUUACCUCUGGCACUGCGGCACUGAAUGGCUUUGACAUUGGCGCCACAUUUGCAUCCGGGCAGGUGUAAAUAUUCAUUUCUGUAGCUGGCAAAGUUGCUGCCUGCUUUUAGCAUAAUUAAGCGCAUCACCACGCCCCCGCCGCCGCCGACGCCGCCCCUGACAUUCGCAAAGGACUCGAGGUGGACAAAAAACUUGGCCAGAGCCUUGAAACUUUGAAGAGCAGCCGCCAGUCAAAGCAGCUUUAAGGUCCUGUUUUGUAUUUGCCCCUCACAUCCGUAGGAUCCGAAGGGCAGGCAAACUGCAUGGAUAUCCCACCAUGUAAGCAGCUGAUGUGGAGCAAAGCGGAGCGAUGAGGCGUCAAAAUCUGACCACCACUGCAGCAUGUCCUUGUCGGAACGGAAUACACCCAGCCAUGGGCAGGGAGCGGGGGCAGGAGGUGGGUCAGGGGGACUGGCGGGUGGAAUGCACCGCCAGCGACCGCCGGACGUGGAGGAGGCGCUCUCCUCCAUGCUCUGGACGCCCUAUGAGCGCACACCCCUGCCCAGCUCAUCGGAGGAGGAGGCCGAGGAGGAGGACGACGACGAGCGACUCAAUCGCCAGCUGCGUAAGUCGCACAGCAGCUACGAGGCAUCGGCCUUGAACCAGCCCCACCACGCCCACCUCCCGCUUUUCGCCCACCACCAGCAGGCGCUGGACAGCGGUUCCGCCCUGCUUCUGCCCCCCGUGCCUUCGUUUCCCCCGUUUAGUUUAAGCGCCUUCGACGCGGCCAUCGCCGGCUUCGAUCCCCUGGCCAAGGUGGGCUUCUCCGCCAGCGGUGUGGGUGGUCGGCGGAACCGCUACUCUUUCCCCGCCUACCAGGGAAGCCCCACCCGCACUUUAACUCAAUGGUGCUCCACGGCCGCUACUUCGAUCAAGGAGCCACCCUCCUACGACUCCCUGUACAACGCCUCCAGCUCGAAGAUUGGAGCUCCUCCUGCCACGUCUCUGAUCCUCAAGACCAGCGGGGAAGUGGGAGUGGCUCUCGAACCAUGUGAUAGAUCGCAACGAUCGCCAACGAAAGCAGCAGCAGAGGAUCAGAAUCCAGAUCAGGAAGGGGGUCACGAUCGGGAUCUGGAUGAGACUGAAUCCAAGGCUGCACCACUAACGGCUAAAGUUCCCGCUGGCUUGGGUCUACGGCGCUCCUUUACGGAUGACUACAUUUCGCAGAAUUGCGAUCCAUUCACGCCAGCAACUGCAACGCAGCACAACAGCAACACUGAGACAACGGCAACGGAAACACAAAGCCCAGCAACGAAUGCAAGAUCACAACAAAGCGAGGAAAACCCAGGCAGCAGCGCAGCGAAUUGCAUUAUCAAUGAACAGAGAGAUGAGGCAGCAACUGCAACAGCGACAUCAGCAGCAGCAGCUGCCGCAGCGGCAGCAGGGGCAGAGAAUGAGGAAACCAGCUCGGUGGCAGUGCAGGUCAGUCAACCUGUUUCCUGUGCCGCCAGAGAGCGCAGAGAGCUGCUGAGAGCCAGCAACACGAACACAGCAGCGAGCAGCAACAGCAGCGCCAGCAACAUCAGCUACGCGAGCAACAUCAGCGGCGAGCGCUCAGCGAUCAGUCUCUCGGCAACUUUCGGCGGGCCAACACUGUACAGCGCGAGCAGCAGCAACCGGAAUUGCUACAACAGCAGCAGCAGCACUAGCAGCAACUAUCGCCCACUGUACGAUUCGAGCAGCAGCAGCGUGCUGCGGCCCAACAAAUGUUUGGCAGAACUCGAGCGUCUCUAUGCCGAAUUUCGCGCGAGUGAAAGCAGAUUCGAGCGGGGUCUGAGCCAGUGCCAGUUGGACAUUGAAAACGCCAACGCCACCGACACCGUUAGCGAAAUGCGUCUAAAUGUGCCAGCCACUGCGGCAGCGGAGACUGUUGCUAGUUGUAGCAACAGCAGCAGCAGCAACAACAACAGCAGCAGCAGUGUGUUCCUCAAUGUGUCCGGCAGCAGCAGCACCGACAGCGGCGACAAUCAAGUUGUCGAUGAGGCUAGGAGCAUCAGCAACAUUGCUGUGCUGCCAGCAACAGCAACUGCAACAACAACAACAGCCACUUCCAAGUCCUGCCAGCGACAGCCGAGCCUAACGAUCCAAGUGAACAACAACAACAAUAACAACGGCAACACUAACGGUACUAGUAACGGCAAUCGGGUCUCGGUGGCUUCGCCCACUAGCAUUGUGAACAACAACAACGGCGUGUGCGUUGUCAACUGCAGCUACACCCCCAGCAGCAGCAGCAACAACAACAACAGCAGCAGCAGCAGCUGCAUCAGCAACACCACCAACAGCAACAUCAGCAACAAUAACAGCGUGGUUGAAAUCAAUAAGUGUGUGCCAGCAGCCAAAGUGUUUAGUGCAAGUGUUCAAAAUCAAAAUAGGCUCAAUAAUAAUAGCAGCUGCCCAAAAGGGGAUCAGCAACAUGUUGCUGCUGCAUCCACGGCCAGCAAUAAUAAUCAUGUGCAGCCUGAUAACAGUGUGAAUAUAAUCAGUGUGAAUGCCAGCAGCAGCAGCAACAAUAAUAACCACCCACGCACCUUCACCUCAACGGAAUGCCAAACGGAUGAUCUGUUAGCCAGUACAUCAUCCAAUCUGCAACAGCAACAGCAGCAGCAACAGAUCCGGACACGCGAGCAGCGUCGCAAGGAGCGGCGGGAACGCCGGCAGCAGCAACAGCAGCAACAACAGUUUCAGCCACACCAUGCGCGACGCCACCCGCCCCCACCUCCUCCGCCACAACUACACCCACCACCGCAUCUGCACCACCCACAUCCCCACCCACUUCCCCACCCUCAUCCGGCCGCCAUGGGACUGGCACGCGCUCUGUUGCCAGACAUCCUGCACGCCCACUACCCGCCGCCCUAUACCGCUCUGCCCGUGCCCGUGGCCAUGUCCGCCGCUCCGCCUCCGCCGCCCCCGGCGACUGCUGUUGCGGCAUCUGCUGCUGCGGCGGCGGCACAGCAGCCGGCACAUGCAAGUCCGGCUCCUCCGCCAGCGCUGACGUCCGUGAUAUCGACGGUGCCACUGCCGGGUCCGCUGCCAGCGCCCCUCAUGAACGACGGACGCUUCACGCUGCCGCUGCCCAUCAUGCGCAGGUGUAAAAAAAAAGCGAAAGUUUUUCAGCCUCAGCUUUUUGGGGGGAUAAGGAGGAGCAGGAGCACUCUGUGCCGACCGGACCAGGAGUAGAAGGGUCGCCUGGUGGACCGUGUAUAAUCUGGAAAUCAUUAAAUAACCGAGGGAGAAAAACACAGCCAGCCAACUGAACCCAAAAUGAAAAAUGACAACAGCAAAAAUAACAAAUUCAGAGAGCAAUAAAAAGGAAACGUGAUGCCGAACUCACGUAUAAAUCGGUGUAAUCAUUUCUUUGUUGUUUUGUUUUUCUUAGCGUUUAAUUUUAUUUUGAAACUCCGACAGAGCCAAAAACAAGAGCCAAGUUAACACGGAGAGUGGGACAGAGACAAGAAAGGCGGUAAUAAAAUCACUCGAGACAAACGAUGCGGGAUGGGAAGGAGAAAGAGAGAGAGAGAUCGAGGACUGCUGUCUUUUUUUUCGACCACUUUCACUUUCGCAUUCGGUUUUCUUAGUUUCUUAUUUUUAUUUUUGUUGUAUCUGUAUCUACAUCUGAAUCUGAAUCUCUGGCCUGAGGUUAACGCAGGCCAAAUGGCCAACAGCUUAUCAUAAAUUUGGCUUAAAGUUAUCCAGGCACUCACUCACUCAUAAGCGAAAUGAACUCGAACUUGAGGCAUAAAUCAAAAACAAUUUAGUUAACAUCAUUUGGACGCGUGUUUCCUUUAUUAAUUAUGGCGCUGCGGCUAAUUGCAAAUUGAAUGGAUGGACUGAUGGUGAUUUUGCUGAGCUGACACUGAAAUCGGUCCUGUUCACGACAGCGGAGGAGGGGGGGAGGGAAACCAGUUUGCUGGCGAGUGCCAAAUACAGAGUCCAAAUACCCCGAAACUGGCUAAAAUACACAGGCAUUUGCAUUUGCAUUGGCGUUUUGCGGAGAAGUGCAAAAGUAUCUGCCAGAUACGCCAGCUCGAUAUCAACAUCGAUGAUUCAACUUCACCCAUGCAAAUGGAAACGAAACAGAAACAGAAUAAGAAACAAAACAGUGAGCGGGACAGAUGCACCGGGAGCGAAAGAGAUAGCGUCAUCGAGACAAAAACCAGAUUUCAGCCGAAAACAACCAGGUAAAACCAGCCAAGAUCGAGUUGCAACUCCGUGCGGAGAGUCUAAGGAAAGAGACGCGAUGAUCUUGUCUGGGGAUUCUGCAACAUUUCGGGGGAUGACACACUUUUCCGCAGCUGGAAAAUUGAGUGAUUUUUCAUAAAUGUUCGUUCGCAUCUCGGCACCGGGAAAAUCAGAGCCCAAGAGCCAGCACUCGACACUAAAUGCUGCUGCCGCUUGCUGCUGCCGCUGGUGGUGGUGGCUGUUGUCAGUAGAACUGACCAAACAACUUUCCAGUUUUACGGUCUUGCAACUGCCAACUUCUGUCCUGCUCUGCCCUGGACUCCUGCUGUCCUACUCUCUCACUGAUUUGGCGGCGUGUUGGGUUUAUUUAUUUUUAUAAGCGAAUAAACACAGCCAGCAAUCAGAGGAGUUUACUAACACUAACCGACUGCCGGCAUACCCUUUAGAGGAUGUCGUCCCUCCACCACCCAACGAACAAACUUGUCGCCCCCGUUCAAGAAGCUCUUUCCACAAAACGAAUCGAAACGAAACGAAGUCAACCGGGAAGAGAACUUAGCAAAAGUCAAUAAAGCCAAUAAACCAAAAAGUUGCCAUUCUCCAGUCGAAAUGAUAUGGGUAAAGAGAGGGCUUGUUGCACAGCCGAAAUAAUGCAGUAAUAGUACGUUUGGGAAAAUGCUAGUAAUGGAAAAAAACUGUUCUUAAAUUAUUUCAAUAUUACUGCUGUAAUGUACCAAGCUUGAUGUUUUAAAAAACUAGUUUUGAAUCAGUGGGAACAUUUCAUAUAAAAAUACUCAUAUUAUUCUUGCUUGUUAGGCUGACUAGUUUACGAAGUGGUUACCAUUUUCCUGGAUUUUUCUCUCUGUGUUCUGGCCAUACCCAUGCCCAACCGAAUUGCGGUUGUCUGCUUCAGCUCCGUCUGUUUGUGCCUCAGCUUCUGGGUCUGUCUGUGUUUGUAUAGAAAAUGCAUUCGGGCCAAGUUGAAAUGAGCCGGCAAAAUGCAGCAGCAACAUCGGAUGAGGUAGCAGCACCACCAGCAGCAGCCACAUCACAAAAUAGACGGGCCAAGUCGCAAGCAAGUUGCCAACAAAGUAGAUUGAGAGAGAGUUGUCGGACGAUGGCCAAAAGGGCCGAGAAGAGACAGCCCAAUCUUCUGGCUUAUUAAAUUGUCACCCGAGUGCAUUCGAUUCGAUUCGAAGCGAGUCGAUUCGCUUUGAUUUGGGCUGACUGUGGCCCAGAAACCGCAAAAUGCCAAAUCUAAUGGGGUCUCGGCCGUAAUUGUGCCACUGCAAUUAAGUCUUGCUAACUGUGGUCAAAUUGUUUUAAUAACUUUUUAACAGCCAUUAAUGAGCCCGGCCUUGAGCAGUGGGAAACUGUCAGCUCUUUCUCUUUUUUUUCGUAAAUUUUCAGAUGGUCUUGGUUUGCUUUUUUUGACUUGUACGUUCUGGCCAUUACAGUUCAAUGCCUUGGGCAACGCCGAAAACAAAGCCCGGCCAGCUCAUUGUAAAUUCAGAUUCAGAACUUCGCACAAAAGCCCAAACAAAUGGCGGCGUUUGAUGCAAAUUCGUAGUGCCGAGCACAAUACAAUUAUUCCCAUGAUGGGCAUCAUUUUAAAGCAAGCGCAUAAAUAAACUAUAAUCAUUUGAGUUGAAAAACCAGCGCAUCCAGAGUUUAAUACACUAACUGGUAAACACGUGUCUUCUGUGGCUAUUCUAUGUGACGAGGGUUUCUGUGACAGGAUGGAGAAUGUCUCGGGUUGAAGCCCCUCCCAGUGGUUUCCUCUUUCGAUUCCUCACCUGGGGUAUCGCCCGUUCGAGUCGUUCGCUUAGGUUUACUGUAUUCUUUUUUUUGUUUAUUUUUGCGGCUGCUGCGGUUUUAAACAAAAGUCCAUAAUUUAUGUUAUGGCUAAGCUCCUCUCUCUCUCUCUGUUUUUUAUAAUUUUAUUUUGUUUCUGCGGCCAGGCUUUUGUGCAACAAACUGAGUUCGAUGGGAUUGGCAACUGGGCGUGUGUGGCAUUGAUUUGGGGAGGGGUUAUGCUAUAAACCUUAUAAGCGGGGAUUCAGCUAAGUUCAGUUGUGCUGGAAAUGCACUAAAAUUGGCAUUAAAGCUGAUGACUCAGGGAGCAGACCACUUGACCCGCAUUAUGGCCGGAUAUGUGGGCGCAUUUCCCCGACGUUUGUUCAAAUUUGGUUGGAUAAUCGCCGUAUUGGCACAUGCUGCAAUUAAACCUAAGGCUCACACAGCUGCCAGCUCGAUAAUUAGCCCCUCAUUUUGGCUUUUCAACCUUUUGGCUACGGACGGCAUGAGGUAAUAUUUGAUUUGGCGAACCAGUUUUGUUUGGCCGACAGUUUUUCGGGUGAAAGUUAACGAUUUCUCAGCUUGUUUGUUGCGUAGAUCUCUGUGGAUCUCUUGAUCGAUGGUCAGUAGGUGGGCCAUUUGCCUAUCGAGCGGAGAAACUCCCACUCGCCAGCGAUCCAUUUACGAUUCCCUCUGACGCUCGCCCUGUGUUUGGCUUCAAUUACCGUUCACAACAAAUGCCAGUGCUUAAAUAUUUAAAACCAAUAUAUACCAAAUGCGCAAGUGUAAUGAGGACGUACAGGAAGUUGAGUGGGGAAAGCGCAUUUUAAUGGCAGCAUUUUAGCUUAAACAGUGUGGCGCUUACCCAAAAACCAAUUGCCAGGCAGGGAGGAGAUGUCUGAAUCUCCCUUUCCUUUUCCCCGACUGCAGAUACUGAGGUCCUGCCAUUGCCACUCUGCCACACAGCACUGUGUCAACUGUCAACCGCAAAAUGCGCGCGCUAAAAAAAGGACAACCGAAAAAAAACGGGAGCUUCCAGCAGGAUGCCACGAAUUUGGAAAGAGUUCGAGAGUUGAGUCAGAUGGGGUGACCUCUGUAUCUCGCACUGAUUUCAAUUUAAAGUGCAAUGAGUUUUGCAGUUUCGUGGCUGUAGUUUCGGUUGUGUUGUUGCCGUCAAAGUUGUUGCCAAAGCUUAUUUGUUCGUUGUCUGCAAAUCUGCUUGCCACAUACAAAAACACACGGACAGAAACAUUUGCACAGUUUGCUUGUAAUGUAAUGCUCAUUGCUGUUGGUGUUUCUUCUUUAUUUUUUGGGUUUUAUUUUUAUUUGUAGCUUCAUCCCAGCAACAAAAAGGCAACGAAACAAGCGCGUUUCGCAAAUUAAUUAAAACAUUUAACAAAUGCGCGUGUGGCUGCCGGGUAUUCCAGUUCCAGUAUCCUUUUUGUGUGUCCUCCUCAGCACUUGAGCAAAUAAAAUGCAUAAUUUAUGUUA